GAGAGAUUGUGCGCUCAGCUUUGGAGGGGGCAUCCAAGAAGCUGGUGAUGAAAGCUUACUGGAAACUGUCAGAGAGCUUGAGUGGAAUGUCAGUGGAUGGGUUCAAAUCCCUCGUUCACAGGACGGCGAAGCGAAUAGACUGGAUGAUGGAAGUAGGAGCUGAUAGCUGCUCCCUUGAGACCUUUGAUGGGCCAACGCUGCUGGUCUUGGCCAAAGACUGCCCUUCGGAGGAACUGGAGCACCUUAGGACAAUUACUAGCUUGUAUUGCACCAGCCUGAAUGUCGUUGAAGUUCCUGGUGAUCGGCACGGCGUGCU